AUGCAGGCUGUUAAAAUUGAUAGAGUUCUAUCAGACUGGAAAUCAGUGAAGGGUGGGGUUCCUCAAGGAACUAAACUAGGCGUAAUUCUCUUUAUUGUCAUGACAAACAAAUUGCUCUGGGAAUGGAAUCUUCGGACUAAAUUUGUCGAUGACACAUCCGUACUGGAGAUUAUUCCAAGAAAUUCCAUUAGCGUCCUAAACAAUGCUGCUGCUGACAUACAUAAUUUUGCCACAGAGCAUAAUAUGAAGCUAAAUCCUACCAAAUGCAAAGAAAUGCUUAUUAACUUCCUACGCAAUCCAAACUUUCUGAUUAAACCUAUACAAAUAGGUAACUACGUUAUAGAACAAAUGGAGACUUAUAAGAUCCUAGGUGUGAUCAUGAGUAGUGAUCUAAAGUGGAACUGUCAUGUCGGCCACAUUAUCAAGAAAGCCAGUAAGAAACUAUAUUCGCUAAGGGUACUGCGUAGAGCUGGAGUCGAAAAUGAUAAUAUCUUAAAAGUUUAUUUAACUACUGUACGACCAGUGCUGGAAUACGCCGUACCGGUAUGGCAAGCCAUCCCGGACUAUUUGUCUGAGGCAAUCGAAGUCGUGCAAAAGAGAUCACUUAAAAUUAUCUAUCCUGAGUGUGAUUCGUACACAGACGCACUAAAUCUAGCCGACAUUCCUACACUCAAGAGUAGAAGAGAUCUAUUGUGUGAGAAAUAUAUGGACAAAAUGAAAUCUAAAGACCAUCCCCUACAUAAUCUACUUCCAAAACCGGUCGUCUUUGAGAAUCAGCGUAAUCUGAGAAGGAAAUCAGAAUAAUUUUACCUAUUUAAAAAUAAUACGGUCUGUAAAACGAACAGAGCACAAUCCUUUUUUACUUUUAAAUUUUUCCAUUAAUACUGUUUAAUUGAAUAAUUAGAAAUAUGCUGUAAAUAUUAGGAAUAAAUAAUAAUAGUCUAAAUUUGAACAUCUUAAUAUGAACAUUACCUUAGAAAUAUUAUGUAAAUGUUACUAGUAAGCUCGUUAAUUCAGUUGUAUAACUGCAAGAGAGUUUUAAUAAACAUCAAUAAUAAUUCUUUAAAAACACUAAAUCCAUUUCCUGUUACAACCGAUUUUUUCGUUAAUAUAUCAGUUGAAGAAUAUUUAAAACCUUUGCACAACAUACAGUACAGUACAUAUAUGGUUAAAGUUUUAAUUUUUAUAUAGUUUUUAAAAAAAUAAAUAGAUUUUACAUUUUACAUCGUUGUCUGCUUUGAAAGAGUCAAAAAUAUUUCCUGAUCAUUACUUUCAAUGAAAAAAUCAUAAAAACUUUCACUGUUUUGAAUAACAACACAAGGUUUCGUUGAUCCACAUGUUUAUCAACAGGGACGCCGGAACGAUGUGAAGGCAAGGGGGGCAGAUUUUCGUGAAAAGGCACUUUUGAAUUGAUAUAUACUAAGAGAUGUUUAAAAAACAUCGGGCAGUUGAACUUCGCCUAAUCAUGUUUUCUAUUUAUUGGAUGAUAGGGGUGUGAGGGGGUUCUCCGCCAGGCGAUUGUGCUAUUCUGGAAGCUCGAUGACUGCAUUUCUUGCGUUUUCUGAAGCAAAUUCGUAAAAGAAUUGCACUAACAUUUCUGACAAUUCGCUAUUUCGCCAAGGCAAUCCUUUAAAUUGAAAGGGCACCUUGCCCCCCCCCCCUUGCCCCUUCUGGUAAAGGGCAAUGGGGGCGGCUGCCCCUCCUGCCCCCCCCCAGUUCCGGCGUCCCUGUUUAUCAAAUCCCAUGCAGGUCUAUCCGAAUACCGAUACUUCGGGUGUUGCAGAUUGA